UGCUGGGUCCCACCACGUCCCUCCUCCCUCCCUCCUUCCCUCCCUCCUUUUUUCUUCGUCUCGAAGGAAGCGAACUCAGUUAAAAUUCUCUCCCCAUUUGCUGCCUCCGCCAAUCACCGACGAUGCAAGAAGCGGAGCUUCACGAUUUGUCCGACGACGCCGAUUAUGCCGCCUCACAACUUCAAGGUUCAGCGAGUUUCUCUCGAAGCGGUAGUAGUAAAAGAAGCUUUACGAGUGAAUCGGAUGGCGCGGAAAUCGUGUACGCGAAGGAUAAUGUGACAAUUCAUCCGACACAGUAUGCAUCUGAGAGAAUUAGUGGGAGAUUGAGGUUAAUUAAGCAAGGAUCUUCCCUUUUUAUGACAUGGAUUCCAUACAAAGGACAACGCUCGAAUCCUAGGCUGUCUGAGAAAGAUAAAAGUCUAUAUACUAUAAGGGCAGUGCCUUUUACAGAUGUGAGGUCGAUUCGCAGGCACACUCCUACACUUGGGUGGCAAUACGUAAUUGUUGUUUUAUCAUCAGGACUUGCAUUUCCUCCUCUUUACUUCUAUAAUGGAGGAGUUAGGGAGUUUCUUGCAACAAUAAAGCAACAUGCUUUUCUUGUGAGGUCAGCUGAUGAUGCAAAUGUAUUUCUUGUGAAUGACUUUCAGGAUCCUCUCCAGAGAACUUUGUCUUCUCUGGAGCUGCCUAUGGCUGUUUCUGUUGCAAAUGGACCAUCUACUUCUGUUUCAGUCAGCGAGCCCCCUUCAAAUGAAAACCAAGAGAAGGCUGAUGGGGGUAACUUUGAUGGACGUGGCGCUACUUCUCAAUACAAUGGGAGGCAUAGGCCAAAGAUUCACGAUCCUGCUCGUGAUCUCUCAAUUCAAGUACUGGAAAAAUUCUCUCUUGUGACCAAAUUUGCUCGAGAUACAACUUCACAACUCUUUCGUGAAAAUCAUGGUGAUGGCUUUGGUUCUAAUGAUAGGAGACACCAUAACCAGUCUCUCCUUGAUUACCCUCACAAAGCAUCCAGUGAUGAACAAAAGAUUCCUGAUGAAAUUCCUGUGCCCUCAGAUCCUCUGGAGGACUCUCUGAUGCAGACCUCUAUCCUUGUUAAACAGAAAACUCGAUGUAGGAAACAAUAUCAUGAUGAAGAAGCUGUCACUAAUGUGGGAACUUUUGAGCUAAUCGAUUGUAAGGAGUUUGAUAAAUUAGCUCUAGUAUGGGGAAAACCACGACAGCCUCCUUUGGGAUCUGAAGAGUGGGCCGCUUUCUUAGAUUCUGAAGGGCGAAUCAUGGAUUCAAAAGCUUUAAGAAAGAGAAUAUUUUAUGGGGGAAUUGAGCACAGUUUGCGGAAAGAGGUCUGGACAUUCUUGUUGGGAUACCAUGCAUAUGAUUCAACAUCUGCAGAGAGGGAAUAUCUUGUGUCAAUUAAAAAGUCAGAGUACGAGACUGUAAAACAACAAUGGCAGAGUAUCUCUCCAGAACAGGCAAAAAGAUUUACAAAAUUUAGGGAGAGAAAAGGCCUCAUUGAGAAAGAUGUGGUAAGGACUGAUAGAUCGCUAUCUUUCUACGAUGGGGAUGACAAUCCAAAUGUGUAUCUUUUACGAGACAUAUUGCUGACAUACUCAUUUUACAACUUUGACCUUGGUUACUGUCAGGGUAUGAGCGAUCUUCUGUCCCCAAUAUUGUUUGUAAUGAAGGAUGAGGCAGUAUCAUUUUGGUGUUUUGUGGCUCUGAUGGAACGCCUUGGGCCAAACUUCAAUCGAGACCAAAAUGGCAUGCACACUCAACUUUUUGCAAUAUCAAAGCUGGUGGAGUUGUUAGAUAGCCCGCUCCAUAAUUAUUUUAAGCAGAAUGACUGCCUAAAUUAUUUCUUUUGUUUCCGCUGGGUUCUUAUACAGUUCAAAAGGGAAUUUGAAUAUGAGAAAACCAUGAAGUUGUGGGAGGUACUAUGGACACACUAUUUGUCUGAACACCUGCACUUGUAUGUAUGUGUUGCAAUCUUGAAGCGGUACCGGAACAAGAUAAUGGGAGAGCAGAUGGAUUUUGACACACUCCUGAAAUUCAUAAACGAGUUGAGUGGACAGAUUGACCUGGACGCAACCCUCAGGGAUGCAGAGGCUCUGUGCAUAUGUGCCGGUGAGAAUGGUGCAGCUAAUAUCCCACCAGGAACUCCACCUUCGUUGCCAAUUGACAGUGGUUUACUAUGCCCACAACAAGAUGAUGUUUUAUGAACAUGGUCCCUUCCCCUGGGAAAGGAUUUAUCAAUUCUCGACCAUCAAGUGUUAAGGCAACACUUUCCUGCAUUUUGUAAAUGGGAGGAUUUUAUCAGCUUUAUAUUUCAAAUGUGAAGGGCAGCGGUUGCUGCUUUACCUAAAUUCUCGUUUUUUUCUAUUUUCAUACAGAUGAAACUUCAAUGAAAUCCAUGUCUUUCCUUACAUCAAAUGGUCUUAUAUGGGAAACGGAAGACGAUUGAUUC